AGUAUUUGUCGUGGGCCUGCCAGUGGAGGUCGCUGUCGAGCACCACACCAAGAAACUUCGCCGUCUUUUGCUAGGGACUGCUCCGCUACGAUAAUGCUGGAAUCGGCGGCGUCGACGUUGGCACUGGUGCUGUUGCCGCUGCUGGUGCUGCUGGCAGCCGUCGUGUGGGCCCGCGGCGCUGAAGCACGCCAGAGGCUGCGACGCUGCGGAGAGCAGAUCCCGGGGCCGCGGCCGCUGCCCCUCAUCGGAAACCUCCUCGACGUGGGAUUCAACCCAAAGAAACUGUUUGACGUGGGACUACGAUUGCAGGAUCAAUUUGGAAAUACAAUUCGUUUGUGGGCCGGAUCUUUCGAGUUGAUAGUGAACUUAAUGGAUCCACGCGACAUAGAGGUACUGCUAGCUAAAAAUAAUAAUUUAAAGAAGUCCUUUCAAUACGACUUCUUGCAUUCUUGGUUGGGACUAGGCCUACUUACCUCUACAGGAGAACGAUGGAAAAAGCAUCGCAAAAUUAUCACCCCUACAUUCCACUUCACAAUAUUGGAGCAAUUUGUGAAAGUGUUUAACAAACAAGGAGAUGUGUUUAUAUCAGUAUUGCAGAAGAUGGAGGGAGGACCACCGUUUGAUAUCACUCCUCUUGUUGACCUAUAUACCCAGGACGUGAUUUGUGAAACAGCCAUGGGUGUUGAACUUCAUGCUCAAACUGAGAACUAUGCGUCCUCGUACCUAAAAAGUGUGAGAGGACGUUUGCAAUUUGCAUUUCUUUACAGUAUGUGUGAAAUAUAUGUCAAAAGAAGCACUUCACCAUGGCUAUAUCCACAACAUGUAUAUAAUCUAUCAUCUUACUAUAGACGGGAGAGAAAAAAUUUGAAAAUCCUUCAUGGUAUGACUAAUGAGGUCAUAAAGAGAAGGAAAAGGCAACUUGAUGAAGAUCCCACACUACUGGAAGAAAAUGUAGAUGAACUUGGUAAAAACAAAAUAUAUAAAAAAUUGACAUUUUUAGGAAGGAAAAGAAAAUUAGCUUUCUUGGAUCUUCUUCUGCGUGCUUCCCGCAAUGGUAUUGAGCUCUCUGAUGAAGAUAUUAGAGAAGAAGUCGAUACUUUUAUGUUUGAAGGACAUGACACAACUGCUUCUGCGAUUUCCUUCGCUCUCUUUGAACUUUCUCAGCGGCCUGACAUCCAGGAAAAGGUUUUUAAUGAAUUGAAGGAAGUCGCAUCUGAUAACGACUCACAGUAUUUGUCUCUUGAUUUUGAGCAUUUAAACAAGCUGAAGUAUCUAGAACAAGUGAUAAAAGAAACACUAAGAUUGUACCCUAGUGUCCCGAUGUUUGCGAGAGAGAUUACGGAAGAAGUACGACUGGCUUCCCUACCAGUCGACAUUCCGCCUGGAGUGACCGUCACUGUUGUACCUGCUCUUCUGCAUCGAAACUCUGAAUUUUAUCCGGAUCCAAAUGUUUUUAAUCCAGACAACUUCUCCCAGGAAGCUGCAUCCAAGAGGCAUCCUUUCGCCUAUGUGCCAUUCAGCGCAGGAUCCAGAAAUUGCAUUGGUCAGAAGUUUGCAAUGCUGGAAAUGAAGUCAAUCCUGGCGAAGAUAAUUUGGAACUACUCCCUUCAAGUAGAUCCUACAUUUGAAAUGGAAUUGAUUCCUGAAAUAACUCUCAAAUCUAAUGAUGGAGUGAGACUAUCUGUUAUUCGAAGAAUAUAAGGACAAUGUUUCCUAAAAUAGUUGUAUUUCUGUCUCGUCAAUUUGAAAAACAUGUCAUUUCUGUUCAUUUAAUGUUAUAUAAU